AUGCCUCUCUUUGGAUCCCCCCGCAACCGCUCCCUCUUCAACCGCCGACGCUCCUCGUCGCCCUCUAUCACCAAAGCCCAGACCCACUCCACCUCGCCACAGAAGCGGCACUCCCUCUUGCACAAGUCCGGCUCCGAAGAUGCUAGCAUCGUUGCUGCUCGCGAGCGUGUCAUGAGUGCCGAGGCGGCAGAGCGCGAGGCGGAUAGGGCCUUGUUCGCGGCGAAGGCGGCGGUCAGAGAGGCGAGGGAGCAUGUCAAGGCGUUGGAGAGGGAGGCUGCGGAGCAGGCGAGAUUGGCGAAGGCUAAGCAGCAGGCGGCGAGGGGUCUGGGGAAGAGGGGGAAGGCUUUGGGCCGUCACGACCACAUUUAG